CUCCCCCGUAGAGCAUUCCCUCUUCAGAAGCGUGCAUUUCGUUCUUUGAAAUGGUUAGGGCUUCAGAAAAAGCGAAUCUCACCGGUCACGCUGCCAAAAUUGAACGCAUGAUGAUUUUCUGGACCAAGGCAGGAGCAGAAAGGGCUUGAAGGGGAAUGCAUUGAUCCAAUGCUGCCAGCUGCGCACGUCAUUUUCGUUGUCAUUUACAAGCCUCUUCUUUUGAAAGAACAUCUAUAGAAAUAAAAUUAGCUUGGUGAUUUUGUAAUCGAACUACGGCAGUUCGUUACGCGUAUUUAUUACGGUAUAUGUUUGCUGUCUGUUUCAAGCUGCCACAGCAAUGGAGAAGGUGGAUGUGUGAUUUAAGGAUGCUGUCCUCUUGCUGGAUCUACCAUGGAUAGACAAGACUAUGAGAAUGCUAAUAUGGAGCCAAGUUUUCCUCAUGAUACAUCCAAGGAUAGCAAUGAGAUUCCCACCAUGUCAUAUCAUGGGAUUGGGGAGAAUAACUUGACAUUGUCACAACAGAAUUUCCCAAUGACCGAUGGAUAUUUCGGGGGUGGCAACUCACAGGCUUCAUCAAGCAAUAUCCACAAUGUGCCUGUUUCCAAUCCUCUAGACCAUAAUGUAGCCUUUGAAAGCAACCAGGGACAAAAUUUUAACUCCACCGAUCAGAGAAAUCAAUCGUAUUGCUCAGAGUUCCCCAAUCAGAUUGCUUCAUCUCUACCAUUUUCAGGAAGUUUCCAGCCACAGGAAGAACAGUUUGCCUCUAAUAUGCCUCAGUCACAAAUGUUUUCUGCUCAAGUUCCACCCUCAGAGUUUCCCAGUCCUAGUAAUUUAUUUUCAACUAGAAAUGAACAUGCACCUCCUGAUAGUAUGGGAAACUUUCCAAAUACUUCGGAGUACUUAGACUGUAACUCUAAACCGCUGUUUCCUGUUAUGGUUCCAAAUGAUUCAGUUGAUACCAAUCUUUAUUCAGCAAGUAAUGGAUGUGAAAAAGUGAAUUUGUCAACAUUUUCUCUUGGCCAUUUCUAUCCUACUCCUGUGGAAAACAUGCCUAGAACUGUUGACGCGUGUGAUCCUUUUGAAAAUGAAUCUCCUACUCAAUCUGGAAGUGGAAGCAUACUUCAUCCUAACAAUGGGCAGCUCUCUUCUCAGUCUGACAAUGACCAUCUACCUCAUUCCAAUACUGAAGAGUUUCUUUCUCAACAUGAUGGCAAUGAUGUACCUCAUUCUAACAGUGAAGAAUUUCCUUCUCAAAAUGUUAAUGCUGUGCCCCACUCUAACUGUGAGGAAUUUCCCACUCAACAUGAUAGCAAUGCUGUACCUCAUUCAAACUGUGAAGAAUUUCCCUCGCAACAUGAUAGCAAUGCUAUACCUCAUUCGAACUGUGAAGAAGUUUCCUCCCAACAAGAUAGCAAUGCCGUGUCUCAUUCAAACUGCGAAGAAUUUCCCUUGCAACUUGAUAGCAAUGCUGUAUCUCAUUCUACCAAUGAAGAAUUCCCCUGUCAAAAUGAUAGCAAUGAUUUACCUCAUUCUAACUGUGAAGAAGUUUCUUGUCAACCUGACAAUAAUGAUGUACCUCAUUCUAAUAAUGAGGAAAUUUCCUCUGGAAAUGCUGAUGAAGCGAACUUGUUUGACCCUCUUCAAUUUGAGGGUGGGUCAAGUUCACAAACUGUGUCUUCCAUAAAUCAUGAAGGUUUAUCAAAUAAUUCAGAAGAUGCUACAGGGCAAUGUAACAAGGUCACCUCUGAAAAUGAUGAGGAUGGAAACAAGUUAGACAAUCUGUAUGGAAUUGAUAACCCCUCAGAGGCAAUUGUCUCAGAAAAUACGGGUGGAUUUAUGUCAUCUUCAAAUAAAGAUGUUGAUGAGAGUGCUGAAUGUGGUUCAACCAUGGAAACCUUAGAUGAUCUCAGUGCUAGUUUAGAGAAAGGCAUUGAGGCGUCUUUGGAAGAGAGUUGCUCCACAGCAAACAAUGACCAAGUAGAAGCAGAUACUCCAAGACCACUGUCACCUAUGAUAACUGCCUUAGAUAAGGAGUUUUUGGUGGAGCCAAAAAAGGAAGUGGCUGAUGGUGCAGAUAACAUCCGUUUAACUAGAACAAGAACAGGUGCAGUGCGGAAUAAAACUCAAAGAUAUGUGGAUGAGAUAGAGAUGAUGGAGGAUUCACAAGAAUCUGUAAUCUAUGAGGAGUGGCAGUAUGAGGAAGGUGCAGAGUUAGCUCCGUCUGUUGUAGAUCCGUCUGUUACAGUCAAUGACGAUGUACUAAGAGUCACUCCUAGAGAAUUAGCUUCUUACUAUCAAAGUUUUGUGGAGGGUGUUGAUACUGUUUUGAAUCAACGUCUUCAUUGCACAGCAUGUGGUGUGCACAUUGGUGCAGCACCAAAUUAUAUUCACCUGGGAAACCGACAUAAAGUUUUGAGAGUUCUUAUUUGCAACAAGUGUCGCACAUUUUAUGGAGUAGGAAAGUUCAGCAAAGAUUCUGAUGGCUCAGAACUAUUUUGUCGUUGGUGUGGACAAGGUGGACAAGUCAUCUGUUGCAGUAGUUGCCCCAACGUCUUUUGUCAGUUGUGUAUUAGGAGAAAUAUUGGAGAAGAUUACUUAAACUCUGUUGUUGCAUCAAAUUUUUGGGCUUGUUUUUUGUGCAAUUAUGAAAUUCUCUGGCCACUACGUGCUGUGUGCUGGGCACUCCUGACCUAUACUAUGAAAAGGAAGAAGGAUGCAUUGAGUGGAAAUGAUAGCAGGAAGACUCAAGAACUUCAAGAUGAUAAAAGCCGGUGUUGCCCUAAACAAACCAAAAAGAGAAAACCUCCCAGCAAAUCCAAAGUCAUCAAUCCCAGUGCCAGUCUUCCUGGUAAUUUAAAUGGAUUGCAGUUGGGUCAUUUUCUUUUUGGAGGUGGGGAACAGCAUGUUAGAGGAUCUGCAGCAGAUGAAGAUGAGUAUAUUGACCCAUCUCAGUUUGUUCAGUCAGUGUUGGAGGAACCUCGUAGAUUGCAACCUAAAGUUUUAGCAAAACCAAUUAUGCCAAGACUUGGUCCUCAAAUUUCUGUCAGUUCUUUUCAAUCACCGGUAAGGCCUGUUCAGAUUCAACCCCGACCUGUUUUGCUUCAAACCAAUCCACCAAGAACAGUAAGGGCCGUCUACUCUCAACCUCCACGACUCUUUGUGAGACAAGGAAAUAUGAUGCGUCCGGGUUUACUACCUAUCAAUAAUCAACCUAAUAGUGUGCCCUUGCAAGUGGCUACGAGAUUCAGAGGUCCCUCGCUUUUGAGGAAUAGUGCACCCAUUCGACUUCAAACACCCUUUAUGAGAACUGAUCCACCCGUUCCCCAAAACCCUGCUCCAACCAGGACUGCAGUAAGAAACCCAGCUUGCGUUAUCAACAAUCUGGAUGGGGUGCGUUCAAUGGAACAAAUUCAGGCUCUUGACCAGGUUCCAUGGUACCGGGAUGGAAUUGAUAACGUGAGAGCUGUGGGCUUCGCUCUCACUAAAAGAAUAAGAGAACUUGAAGCACGAUUUCACAGUCUAAAAAGUAAACAGGAUGUUGAGAAGAUUAUGAGUCUUGGGAGAAAGCUGGAAAAACUUUCUGAAAGAACAGAAAAGCGUUUCAAGAAAAUAAAUGCCACUUUAAAAGAUGCUUGUAGGGAGUGGUGUGUGCAGAAAAUGAGGAACUCUCCAACCUCUGUUGAUCCUUUCAGAUUAGGUAAGGAGGAAGGAAUUAGUGACUGGGACGAUGAUGUUGAACUUUCUAAACCUCUGGAAAAAGUCUUGAUUCCAGUAAACAGUGCCUCUCUCCAAGCUGGAGCAAUUCGACCAGCUCAGCCCAGAGUCAUUUCUAGGACAAAUCCUCCACCUCUAGCUACUAUGCUUGGCCCUGCUGCUAGGGCAGGGCAGCCACAGCCGCAGUCGGUGUCUAAUGUCUCCUAUUCAGUCAGACUUCCUGGACCCAAGUCGAGUGCUAGUCGCUUUGUGCAGAUUGGUGACCUUUCUAAGAGCAUCACUCACACUGUAGGUGCCAUAAUAAAUAAGAGGAAUGGCCCCAACUCUAUUUCUGUUAGUCUUACACCAGCACCUAAGCGGAAAAGACUUGAAUCCAGUAGCAGCAAUGGUAGUGAUGUGGUAAUGGUUUACCCCACAAUCCCAGAACUGAUAAAGUUGUACAAUAUCAAACCUUGUGUGGUAAGAUUACAAAGGAAUGACAGUUUUAUUGUCAACUUUCUGGAAAGACAGGAACAUGCAAGAUCUCAGAAUGCAAUGUAUGAUGAUACCUUAGACGUAAAUGAAGUGGAGUCGGUCAUGAGUCCGCAAGUUUCCAUCAACGAUCUGGAAGCUGAGGCAGUCAUCUCCUCUAGUGACUUUCCGGAACAUUUCCUGUCAUCACUUGUAGAAAUGGGCGACACAUUUAGAGACCAGGCUGAUACAACCGAAAGUAAUUCAACUAGCAAUGUUGAAUCCCUUGUUCAAAAUGAUGACGACGAUGAUGAUAUUGAAAUAAUUGAUGAGGUCAGUGUUUCAAAAUGAGAUAAAAAUGGCAUUGUCCAAUUGGAAGGAUAGGGGUUGUGAUUUCGAACUUAAAAACUUGGGUUUUGGUGUGUUUUCUUUUUAGAUAAUUAUUUUUUAAAUAUUGUCUUUGUAAAUGUGUAAGUUGUUCUAUUUUGUUACUUUCUAUCAAAUAGACAGUAUUGUUCAUUAACAUUGUUUUUAGAUGAUGUAAACAUCAUUUUAUGUAUACUUUUUCCUCAAAGUACCAUAUUACUGAUAAAUACUAGUGAUUAUAGUUGUAUGAGACUGAAAAUUUUGCUUUAUAUAUCUUGUUGUCUUGUGGUUGUUUCUUUUGUAGGUCAUUCAUAAUGGAUCACAGUCUUGUCUUGUGUCCCAGCUUUGUAUGUUAUGAAUUAGUCUAAUUUGCUAAACAUAUAAACCACCAGUUAAGAGGAGCCAUUAUGUUUCACUUAAAUUUAUCCCUUUGUCUCCUAAAGUUCUAAUCUGCUAUGCCCCUGUAACCUUUGAACGGUUAUUUUUUGUUGGAAGAAGGAUAUUCUCUUUUGAUGUCUUUUAAUGGCAAUAAAUGUCAGGAAAAUUUU